ACCCUUCAACGCCCUCCAGAUUAGGAGGGCAGCAUUACAGCAUUCGUUCCUGCUGGCUGAAAAUAGUUAAGUUUCGGUUUCCAACCAUCAGAAAUGAUACCGAGCUGCAGUUGCUGUCUGGUUGGUUUGGUUCAGCUGGGAGCAGGACAACAGGAAGAGGGUGAACAAUAAUGGAGCGAGAGUCAGAAAUAUUAAAGUUUAUCUGCGCUAAUCAGGGAUCAGUGGACACUGAGGAGCUGCGGUGUAACCUCGGCUCAGGCGACGCUACGGAUGACAUAUUCAGUAACCGAGAGAAGUUCGCCUUGGUUUUUCCGUUCGACCAGCCGAAGGUGGUGGCGCGGACCCGGCUGAGGCUGUGCCACUUGAAGGGCUGUCCGGGCGCGUGCACUGGGCUGGACCUGUGUAAAAACUUCCUCCUUACCGGAUCCUGUCGGUGGAUUGGAUGCAGAUUCCCCCAUUGCCUGGACUCUGUCCGCAAUGCAGCGAAGCUGACUGAGCAUGGUCUGGAGAUCCUGAGCCGGAGCGAGCUGUGCACCCUGCUGCUGCAGAACGACACCUGGCUCCUGCCUCAGAUAUGUUAUAAUUACAACAAUGGUGGUGGGCGGAUGGGCCUGUGUCAAGAGGGCGAUAAUUGCAGAAGAUUGCACAUCUGUGAGAAGUACCUGAACAGCGUCUGCAGCUGCAUCAAGAACCAUGAUUUUACCGCUCCACAGCCACAAAAGAGCCUGUCUUACAGAGGCGUGCCGGACCAACUCUUUCCCUCGUUGAGGUUUGUCUAUGCCAACAUAAUGGCUCUGAAGUACGCCGACAGACAGGGCGAACCUGAUGCCAGCGGCGCCGAUGGUCUGAUUCCACAGAGAGAUUGGCAAAGAGGGAGAGGGAGAGGGAGAGCUGGUUUCCGGGGCAACCCAGGCAACCGAGGCAACAUGGGCAACCGAGGCAACAGGGGCUUCAGGGGGAACAGAGGCAACCUGGGCAACAGAGGAAAUCAAGGCAACCAGUCGACCCGUUCCACUGAUGACAUAUUUGCUGACCCUGAAACCUUUAAUCUGUACACCGAAGAUGGCCUGAGCGAAGAUCAGAGACCUACCUCCCCGUACAGCGACGUCUCUGCUGCUGCCAACGACACCAAUGCCAGCAGCGACGAUGGAAAGAGCAGAAAUCCCAAUCUGAAUAAAACCUCAGCGUCUGUCCGAGGGAGAGGUGGAGACAGGGGCAACCAUCAACCGCUGAACAGGAGCCGGGCUACUGCUGACCCUGAGUCUGUCAGCGACGACGCAAACAGUGAGGAUGGAGCCAAAAGAAGACUGACUCCUGUCAGAGAUAAAACUGAGAUAUGCAUGUUCUUCAUCAAAGGACACUGUAAACAUGAGGACGAGCUAUGUUAUAAAGCCCACGACAAGAUGCCGUACAGAUGGCAGGUGCUGCUGGAUGAUCAGUGGACUGCCCUGCCUGAUAAUGAGACCAUUGAGAAGGACUACUGUGACCCAAAGAACACGUACAGUAGCAGCAGCCUGCCUGUGCACUUUGACACGAUGACCCAAGGAGCGAACAAAGUACGCCGACUCUCCACCUCAAACUCUCUGGUGGAUGUCAGCUUCCUCCACACCACCGAGUGGGUUUGGUACUGGGAGGAUGAGCGUGCAGCCUGGAACAUGUACGCUUCACAUUCUGGUGGGCACGGCGCAGCAGACACUGGCAGUGCUGAGCUGGAGCAGAAGUUUCUGGACAAUGCCAAAGAUGUGGUGGAGUUCAGCGCCGGCUCACAGGCAUACUCCCUCAGUUUCCAGAACAUGAGCCAAACAAACAAGCAGUACGGCACAAAGAGGGUUGUGAAAAGACGGCCCCAGUUCGUCUCUACAGCUGAUGUCAGGGCAAAGAACACAAGAAGGCCUCUCGCUCAACCAGGCACUGUACCGGAUCACUGGGACAAGACACAGAUGUCUCAAACAGGAUACAAGACAGUCCCUUUAGUUGCUGCUUCUGCACCAGCACCGAAACCAGUGCCAGCACCGACACCAGUACCAGCACCGACACCAGUACCAGCACCAAGACCAGUACCAGCACAGACACCAGUACCAGCACUGACACCAGUACCAGCACCAACACCAGUACCAGCACCAAGACCAGUACCAGCACCAAGACCAGUACCAGCACCGACACCAGUUUCAGCACCAAAACCAGUACUAGCACCAAAACCAGUACCAGCACCAAGACCAGUACCGGCACCGACACCAGUACUAGCACCAAUACCAGUACCAGCACCAAGAACAGUACCAGCACCAAGAACAGCUCCCAAACCCAUAAUGAUAAAAGUAUUUCGUUCAACCAGUUAAAACAAUUUAGGGUAAUGGUUCACAUCUAUACUCUAUAGCUUGAGCCAAUGAAAAAUAAAUAACUUGCCUCAAACAAUAUUUCCUAUGUCCGUGGAAACUAUUAUAUAAGACUUGGCACAAUGUAUAUUUUUCUAUAUUUUUCUAUAUUUAAUCUAAACAAAAAAAUAUAGAUUUGAUCAAACAGUUCUUUCUCGUUUAAGACACAUGCUGCCUCUGUUGCUCUGCGCUCAUUUGCGUCUUCCACUUACAGCAACAACCUGCCAUCUCCUCACUCUAAAAACAAAGACAACAAGCCAGAAUUUGUAUUCAUUGGCGAAAGGAAGUCAAAGCAAAGAGCACCAGACAGUUUCUCCCUGUCCGUAUGUCUAUUUCACUGAAAGACUGAUUGAAGAUUGAGGAUCACAGUGUAAGGAAAAUCAUUUUCUUCAGACUGUAAGAAUACUCCAGCCACCACUUAUGAACAAGAUGUACGCAUGUUAGUAUGCCUGACAUAAGCAUCCAUCUCAUAGUACAGCUGCUCCAUCACUACACCUACGUUUCGGACCUUUCCUGUGUUUUUUAUGAUUGCCGAUUGAAGCUAAGUGCUGGCUUUUCUUAGUCCCUCCUUGAGUUAAAAUACAAUUACCUCAGUGGAAUCAUGCAAAUGUUCAAGAUUAGAGGCCCCAGGAUGGAGCCUUGAGGAACCCCACAUGUCAUAUUUUUCCAUUCUGAUGUUUUUUUUGAUUGUGCCAGAAAGUCACACCCAGUUUUCCAGCUGGUCUAGUACAAUUCUAGGGUAGACUUUGUCGAAUACAGCGCUAAGAUCUAAUAAUACUAACACUUAGAUUCCGUCUUUGUCUAUGGAAAAGUGGAUGUUAUUGAAGACAAGAGCAGUGCGUUCAAAGAGUGAAACGCAUCAAAACAGUUAUUUAUCAUCAAUAAGUUGUUCAGUUCAGUCAUGCAAAUGUGUAUAUGCAACACAAUGUUUCUAGCAAGUUUGUGUCAAUAAAAUAUACAGAAACAUUUAA